UCGCAGUUCCAUGAGAUUCGAUCCCGACACCAAGAACUCGGCGUGUCUUUCUCUUCGAUCGUCCUCCGAUCCCGCCAUCUUCGCCUUACUCUAAAUUAGUAAAUUCCCAAACCUCUCCGUGCGAGAAUUUCCUGUCGCCGGCAAAAUCGUCUGACCGACUAAUUUACCGGCGGAAGAUUUUUCCGUUCACCUAAAACCUAACGGAGUAACUUAUUUGGAUGAUGAGAAAUGGAUUCGAUUGUAUGCACGGCACUAGAGGAGAUCUGCUGUCAAGGAAAUACAGGGAUCCCUCUCGUUUCUCUCUGGUCACGGCUCUCUCCUCCUCCUCUUUCUCCUUCCGUCAAAGCUCAUGUCUGGAGAAAUCUUCUCGCUGUCCCUCAGCUCCAGUUCAAGGCGAAGAACACUCUGUACGAACCAUCUAAUGCUUCUAUUCAACUGCUGGAAGAGGCUCUGAGACUCGACUUGAGGAUCAUCGCCAAUGAGAAGCUCCGAGGCAACUUCGUUGGCUUGUACGAUGCUCAGUCCAAUAGCACGACUAUCUCUGCCAUUCAACGCCGCGUUCUUGAGCGGCUCGCUGUUGCUCGAGCUAAUGGAGUUGCACAAAAUGUGCUUGCUAAAGAGUUUGGUAUCGAAGGGAGGAACUUCUUCUAUAUCGUGAAGCACCUUGAGUCUCGAGGUUUGGUUGUUAAGCAACCAGCCAUUGUGAGAACAAAGGAAGCUGAUGGUGAAGGGGAUUCCAAAACCACCUCAUGCAUUAGCACCAACAUGAUUUACUUAAGUCGUUACGCCAAGCCUUUGGGUUCCCAGCAGAGGUUUGAAAUUUGCAAGGAUGACUCUUUGUUGGAGACACCAAUGAAGGAGCAAGAAGCUACUCCCGCUGGAGAUAGUUUACUCUCUGAAAGUACUAAAGAGGAUACGCUCAUUAAAGAUUUUCUCCCAGCAAUGCAGGCAAUUUGUGAUAAACUUGAAGAAGCCAAAGAGAAGGUUCUAGUCGUCUCGGACGUUAAGCAAGACCUUGGUUAUCUGGGAUUGCAUUCAAGGCAUAGAGCUUGGAGAAGUGUUUGUCGCCGGUUGACAGAUUCUCAUGUAGUAGAGGAGUUUGAUGCUGUGGUGAACAAUAAGGUUGAACGAUGCCUCCGUUUGCUAAAAAGAUUUUCAGCCAAAGAUUUCAACUACUCUGGGAAAAAGCAACUUUUGAAAUUCGGAAGGAGUAUUCAGAAAACUGAACAAACGUUGGAGCUUCCAAUAGAUAAUCAAAUUUAUGAUAUGGUUGAUGCUGAAGGAUCUAAAGGCUUGCCUGUGAUGGAGGUAUGCGAAAGACUUGGAAUUGACAAGAAGAAGAGCUACUCUCGGCUUUAUAGUAUUUGUUUAAGAAUGGGGAUGCAUUUACAGGCAGAAAGCCACAAGAAGACUAGAGUAUUUCGAGUUUGGACUUCUGGUAAUGCUGGGUCCGAGUGUUCUGAUCUGUUUCCUGAGAAAGCUGAAAGUCUUAGCAGGGAAAAUAAUGUACCAAUUAAUGAUUUUGGCACACCUCAUGAUACUGGGGGAUUGACUCAGACCUUCACUGAACACAGUCUUGCAGUUGCUGAUGCUGGUUUUGCUACACCUGCAAGGUUAUCUGAUUCUGAAAACAACUCAGGAGUUCUCCACUUUGCUACACCUGGAAGGCUGACUGAUCCUGAAAGCAAUUCAGGAGUUCCUGACUGUUCCCCAUCUAAUGUCAAAAGAAGAAAUGUCCUCACACGCCGUAACUUACAGGAAUCAUUUCAUGAGAGCUGUGAUAAGGUUGUUGAUGCUGCAACGGUGUCUUCUGAUUUGGCUUUGUCAGAACUGAACCAUCUCGGUCUACCUCAGCCGGCUAAACUAAAGGUGCACCAGCCUCAGCCGAUUACCGUUGAAAACUCUCGAAGAGAGCGGAGAAUACUUGAGCGCCUAAAUGAGGAGAAAUUCGUUGUGAGAGCUGAGCUACAUAAAUGGCUUCUCAGUCUUGAGAAAGACAGGAGCUCCAAAGUGGAUAGGAAAACCAUUGACAGAAUUCUAAACAGGCUUCAAGAAGAAGGACUCUGCAAUUGCAUGAACAUUAGUGUCCCAAAUGUUACGAAUUGUGGUCGUAACCGUAGCUCUGUGGUAGUUUUUCAUCCAUCUGUUCAAAGUUUGACUCCCGACAUAGUUGGUGAAAUUCAUAGUAGGAUUAGGUCUUUUGAACUGGGACUCCGUGGCCAGAACUUAUCGAAAAGAAAAAGCAACGAGCCAAUUCCUAUAUUGAAUGACGUUCAGAGAGGUCAAACUAAUGUGGAUUUGGAUGCGCGUGCUAGCAAAUCAGGAGCCAUGCGAGCCAAUGGGUUUGUGCUUGCAAAGAUGGUUCGUGUGAAGCUCCUACAUUGUUUCCUUUGGGACUAUUUUAGUUCUUUGCCUUGCUGGGACAAUGCCUUUUCUUCUAUACAUGAUCAGAAAUUUGAGAAUUUGUUUGCACUUGAAGAUGCUUUUAGAGCCAUGCCACUGGAACUAUUUUUACAAGUUGUUGGAUCUACUCAGAAAGCUGAUGAUAUGAUGAAGAAAUGCAAACAGGCUAUGUGUCUUUCUGAGCUUCCUGGCGAAGAGUAUAAGCUUCUAAUGGAUACACUUGCGACUGGGAGAUUAUCGAUGCUGAUUGAUAUUUUACGCCGGUUGAAGUUGAUUCAGAUGGUAAGUAGUAGAGUCAGACACGAUGGAAUUGAGGAGAAGUAUGCUAAUCUAACACAUGCAAUGGAGCUUAAGCCUUAUAUAGAGGAGCCGGUGUUUGUUGCUGCUACAUCCAAUGUUAUGUCUCUUGAUUUUCGUCCACGUAUUCGGCAUGACUUUAUUCUAUCAAACAGAGAUGCUGUUGAUGAAUAUUGGCUAACUUUAGAAUAUUGCUAUGCUGCUGCCGACCACAGAGCUGCCAAGUUAGCUUUCCCGGGAUCUGUUGUUCAAGAGGUAUUUCGUUUCCGCUCUUGGGCCUCAGAUCGUGUCAUGACAACAGAACAGCGUACUAAGCUCUUACAGCGUAUUGCAAGCGAUGAGAAGGAAAAACUCUCAUUCAAAGAGUGUGAGAAAAUUGCAAAGGAUCUGAACCUGACCGUAGAGCAGGUUAUGCAUGUUUAUCAUGCGAAGCAUGGAAGACGCUUGAAAUCCACAUCAAAAGAUAAAACAUUAACUGUAAAUAAUAGCUCUUCUUCAUCUUCUGGGAAAAGAAAGAGAGCAACUCUCGUAAAGACUACAGGAGAAGGUGUCAGAUCCAUGAUAGUAGAUGGAGAAAAUGUUCUAAAUUAUGAUGCCGUUGAUGCCUCAAAUAGUGAGAAUUUUCAAAAUUCAUGGGAAGAGGACCAAACCCCCAUUCCGAUGCAUCAAGAGCAUAAUCAACAAGAAAAUGCAGAUAUCAGAGAUCUUACUGAAAAUGAAGGCCAGUGUUCUUCUAUUAUCAACCAGCAUGCAAGUUCAAAGACCACAUCAACUCCUUCACAAAGAUUCUCGUGGACAGAAGAGGCAGACAGGAAAUUAUUGAGUCAAUAUGUCAGACACCGCGCAGCUCUUGGGGCGAAAUUUCAUGGAGUAAACUGGGCUUCAGUUUCAGAACUGCCUGCCCCUCCUUUGGCUUGCAAGCGACGGGUUCAAAUAUUGAUGAAGAAUGAUAAAUUUCGGAAGGCGAUCAUGAGGCUUUGCAAUCUGCUCAGUGAGCGUUAUGCAAAACAUUUAGAGACGCAACAGAAGUGUUUACCAGAGAGCAGCAGGUCACAUGUUCUUGUUAGAUGUAUAUCCCCAGCAAUUGGUGGAAUGGAUUCGGGUUCUGUUGAGCAAGGUAAAGAUAUUUGUUCUGAUGAAGAAAAAUGGGAUGAUUUCAAUGAAAAGAGUAUAAGUCAAGCCUUCACUGAUGUUCUUGAGCUCAAGAAGAUGGCUAAAUUGGUGGCCCCUAAGCGGACGAGACCUGGCUCUCGGGAAUGGUCAAACAGAGAUGUAGUUGAUGAGGGGACUGAAACGGUUCCACCUACAAUUCACUCAGAGGACAUUCACAAUGUGUCUGCGGAUCAAGUUAAAGAUACAUCUCGCAGAUCUGGACAUUAUCGUCUUCAUCAACCUGUUAAGCCUUUAGAUGAAAAAGACAAUGGUGGUAUACAAGUACGGAAAUCUCUGGCAGUUUCUACUGCUUCAGAACUGUUAAAGCUUGUCUUUCUGAGCAUGCCAACUGCACCUGGUAUGCCAAAUUUGCUGGAAGAUACCUUACGUCGUUAUUCAGAGCGAGACCUCUUUACAGCCUAUAGCUACCUCCGAGACAAAAAGUUCCUGGUUGGUGGAAGUGGUGGACAGCCAUUUGUGCUUUCUCAAAACUUUUUGCACAGUAUUUCAAAGUCCCCAUUCCCAGUUAAUACAGGGACAAGAGCAGCCAAGUUCUCCAGUUGGCUUCUCGAACAUGAAAGAGACCUUAUGGCUGGGGGGGUCGCUCUUACUUCAGAUUUGCAAUGUGGCGAUAUUUUAAAUUUCUUUUCAUUGGUUUCUUCUGGUGAACUCUCUAUAUCUGUAUCCUUGCCUGAAGAAGGUGUUGGAGAGCCUGGAGACCGAAGAGGAUUAAAACGUAGGGCUGAUGACAUGGAAGAAUCUGAAGGUGAUAGUGCUAAGAAAUUAAAGCUACUAGGCGAAGGUGAAAUUAACUUCCGAAAGGAAAAGGGUUUCCCUGGUAUAGCAGUGUCUGUUCGUCGUGUAACUCUACCAAUAGCUAACGCAAUAGAGUUGUUUAAGGAUGAUGACUCUCGGACUGGUGAACUAAAUUUCAAGUCGGGAGAAACAAAUAGUGGAUGUGAUUCUGAUGACUUGAAAGAACUUUUUAACUCUACGGAUUCUACUGUCUUACCAAGCAGUCUAGGUGGUUCUCCCUGGCAAGCGAUGGCCAGUUUUACUAAUUGCAUUAUGUCCGAAGUAGUAGAUGAUGAAGUGAGUUUAUCCAGUCCCGGGGUUUUUGAAAACGUUUCCAGUGCCCUUCAGAAGGCUGGUGAUCAAGGUCUGAGCAUUGAAGAAGUCCACCGUCUUAUUGAUAUCCCAAGCCAAGAAACUUGUGACUGCAUUGUAGAUGUACUUCAAACAUUUGGGGUAGCUUUGAAGGUAAAUGGCUAUAAUAAUUUCCGUGUUGUCCAUUUCUUCUACCGGUCAAAAUACUUCUUGACAUUGGAGGAGGGUGGAACUUCCCAAAAAGGUCCACAGUCUCUACCAGUAAACUACCUGGAAAGAGCUGUUGGGGAACAUAGGUCAAAAGAUGUUAUUGGUAGCAGCUACAGUAAUUCACAGGACAAGCAAGAGCAUGUCGCUGGGAAUAGUGUUCACAAGGUUACCAUUCUUAACCUUCCAGAGAUGGCUCAAACGAACGGUUUGCUCGAAGCAUCUAUGAAAGCUCCGUCUGUUAAUUUUGGAACGUGUAUCGAAAAUGAAGGAAAGGAAUCAACUUCUGGAAAGUCACCUGUGCCUAUAUUCCCAUGGGUAAACGCAGAUGGAUCAAUAAAUAAAGUUGUCUUCAAUGGGCUAGUUCGCCGUGUUCUUGGUACCGUGAUGCAGAAUCCCGGUAUUCCAGAGGACGAGAUUAUAAACCUAAUGGACAUACUAAAUCCUCAGAGCUGUAGAAAGCUUCUGGAGUUGAUGACACUCGACGGGUAUAUGACAGUGAAGGAAAUGGUGCAAACCAAAUUCACCGGUCCUCCGUCUCUACUGGCCGGGCUUCUCUCAACGGGUCCAAGAAAACCGGAGCUUAUCCGCCGGAAACACUUGUUCGCCAACUCCAAGGGAUUCCAUGCCUUGUAAUAUUGUAAAAUCUCUCUCUCUCUCUAUAGUUCAGUCCUAUGCUAAAUUAUUAAUGUUAUAUGGGAGAAACUUAUAAUAUUAUAUACUGCUAGUUUUCUUUUUUGUGAUUUGAAAGUGUUGUGUAGGUUUGAUGGUUGGUCUAAUGAUCAAUUCUCUUUCUAGUUUCAUGGUGCCCGGGAUUCAUCUCCCUAUUGUAAAUUAUAGGUUUUAUAAUAUCAUUAUUACUACUUAGCUGA